AUGGCCUACGUCUCUGCCUCUUCGAGCCAGCUCCUACCGGAGACGUCGUCGCGAUGCGUGGCGGAGGGCGUCACCUCGGCGCACAGUUUCGAGGUGGUCAACUUCUCGCUGCUCGACGGCAUGGGCACCGGCAACUUCAUCAGCUCGAGCACCUUCAGCGUCGGCGGCUGCGACUGGACCAUCAGGCUCUUCCCUGACGGGAGCGCGGCGCAGAACUCCAAAGGAGGUGCAGUGUCGGCCUUCUUGUGCCUUCAAGGAGGAGCAGCGGGUACAAGGGUGAAGUUCAUCAUGCAUCUGUUGGGCAAAGGUUCCCAAUCGUGGUCCAGCGGAUACGGUGCGCAUGCCUUUGCGUCGGUUGGUGAAGAGUGUGGUUGGACAAACUUCGUGGACAAAUCAAGGCUGCGAUGGUUGCUAUUUGGCAACAACAAUUGCUUCACGGUUAGGUGCGUUCUCACUGUCAUCAAAGAUCCUCGUAUGCAGAACGUUGUAGUCCCGGAGCCAAACCUUCGGCAAGACUUCAAGCGCAUGAUGGAGGAAGGGAAAGGCAAAGAUGUGAUGGUACAUGUCGAUAACCAACUGUUCUGGUGCCAUAGAUGCGUGCUCGCCGCGCGAUCCCCGGUCUUCAACGCGGAGCUCUUCGGCCCGAUGAAGAAUGCGCAAUCCGUCGAGAUCCAUGGCAUGAAGAACAAGUGUACUGGUGACCAACCCAUCAUCGUGAUCGGUGACAUGAAGGCUGAUAUCUUCAGGGCGCUCCUCCACUUCCUCUACACGGACUCUCUGCCGGAUCAUCAAUGUGACGAUGACAAGAAUGCGGUGAUGCAGCACCUGCUAGUCGCAGCGGAUCGGUACGGAGUGGACCGGCUGAAACUGAUGUGCGAAGAAGAGCUGUGCCGUAGCGUGGACAUGCAGUCGGUUGCAAGUACCCUUGCUAUUGCAGAGCAGCAUCAGUGCGUGCAACUGAAAGAUGCAUGCGUCAGGUUGAUCGUCUCACCAGGUGUGCUUGGCGCUAUCAUGAAAACCGAUGAUUUCAAGCAUCUUGCUGCAAGCUGCCCUUCGGUUAUAAAGGAGAUUGAAGACAAAAUGGGAAACACGCUCAGGAUUCAGUAG